GCUAACAGAAAUAGAAUGACAAGUAAACGGCCCAUAACCCUAGCCGCUAUUUUCUACCCGAUUUUGCUCUCUGUCUGGCGAACAGAAAGAAGGAAAAGAAACCUUUUUUUCGAUACGACGCGGAGACCGAGAGAAAGAAGCGACGGCGGAGGCGAAGGGAGUACGGCGGUGUACGCCGUGAUGAAGAUCGACGGCGGCAGAGGUAAGAUCGGUUUUCUUAUGCAUGUCGAUUUAGGGGGUUUUCCAAUUGUGAUUUGAUUUCGAUUUGGGUCUUGGGUUUUGUUCUCGAUCGAGGGAAAGGAGCACGUGGUCGCGGCCGGCGAAAGACUUACCGGCGAUGGACACGGCGGCGGUUCUGGGUAUCACCGACGGUGAGGGGACGAGGAAAAGCGAACUGAGG